AUGGGCAAAGCAGCGGCCCAAGCACGGCCAACUGCCGUGUUCCGAGAAAAUGGGCUAGUACAUCGGUCCAAGGCGCGUGGGCUACUGGAUACGUCGAAUUUGCCUGCGCUCCAAAAUUUGCUAAAGCGCGAUCCUGCCGCAUACGAAGAAGAAUUUCUCGCACAAUGGAACCAGUACGAAAGUCUACGACGCAUUUAUGCGUCAGGCAUUGGACAGCAUAUUGAAGGAGCUACGGAUGCUGGAAUGCAGACUUUGCGCCUGAGUAAAGAGCAGCAGGACCAGUUUGAGCACUUGCUCACGUUUGUGGCACACCUUGCGCCGAGCUACCCAAAGUUAACUGCACCACUUCCCGACCAUAUCGCUGAGCUGCUGCUCACGCAUCACGCGAGCCUGAGUCCAGAUUUGCGCAAAACAUGUUUUCGCUGCAUGUCUUUGUUGCGUAGCCGUGGAGUGAUUGCAGAUGAGACAUUGCUGCGCACAUUGUUUCCUUUGCUCAGUCUCGUAAGCUCGUCGGAACUGCGCACGGCGAUCCUGAGCACCAUCGUCCAGAACUUGAAGCAGGCGAACCGUAAGACCAAAGAUGUUCGUUUGAAUCGCAUGGUCCAAGGCUUGCUUUUUGGCAUGGUUGAGCGCGGAAUGUCCGACGCAGAAGGCAAUGUUCCUGCCGUGCUCCGGCCCGGCGAAGCAGAGCUCAAGGGUCGAUCUGAGGCGCUUUGGGCGGUGCGUAUUGCAGCUGAAAUGUGGCGCCGACGCAUUUGGACUGACGAGCGCACCGUGGCGUUGCUUGCACUUGCAUGCACGCAUCCGCACCCCAAGGUACAGGGCUCCGCUGUGCGUUUUUUCCUAGGUGAUUUGCAUACUGCUGAGAACGCGGAGAAUAGUGAUGGAGAGGAGGAUAGCGAUGAGGGUCCAUCACAGUCCGUUGAUGUUGGCCGCCUAAAACAUCAGCGCAAGGUCGGAAAAAAGACCAAGGCUGGCGAUCGUCGCUUGAAACUUGCACAAGCGCAUGCCAAGCGUCGUAGGAAGGAAAAUGAAGAAAAAGCAUGGGAGAAAGUGGACAAGGACUCAAGUAAUAUGGCGGCCAUUCAUCUGUUGCAUGAUCCACAGACGUUUGCAGAGCGUGUGUUUGAGAACCUUUUGCGCGGCGACAAGCGCCAUCCUUUGGAAAUGAAGGUGCGCAUUGUGCAGCUCUUGAGCCGCGUCAUGGGCAUACACCGACUCAUUGUGCUGAGCUUCUACAGCUACUUGGCCAAGUACUUUAUGCCUCACCAACUGCACAUCACACUUAUUCUCGUUUCCCUUGCACAAUCUGUGCACGACCAGACGCCGACAGAUGUUCUGACACCUGCAAUCCGCAAGAUUGCCUAUGCUUUUGUCCAUCCAGGCGUCACCGUCGAAGUGGUUGCUGCAGGCAUCAAUACCAUUCGCGAAGUAUGCCGCAGACAGCCUUGGUGUAUGGAAGAGGAUUUGCUGCACGACUUGGUCGAGUACCGUAAAUCGAAAGACAAGGGUGUGAGCGCUGCAUCUCGCGGCUUGAUGCAAUUGUACCGUGAAGUCAAUCCCGCAUUGCUUCGCCGUGCGGACCGCGGCAAGUCUGGAGCCAUGGCUAUGCAAGAAGGCAAACAGGUGCUCCAGUUUGGUGAGGAUCGCCGCCAAGUUCAUGGAAUUCAAGGUCUUGAUUUGCUGGAAAAGCAAUUGGAAGAGAACCAAGACGAGGAAGAUGAAGAAGAUUGGGACGGCUGGGAAGUCGAGAGCGAUUCGGGCGACGAUUCCGACGGCUCCGGUGGCUGGAUUAAUGUUACUUCCGACGAUGAAGAUAAUGGGCAUGUCUUUUCUGACGACAGCGACGAUGAGUGCGACGAAGAAAAAAUACAAGACACGCGUCCAGCCUCCGAAAAGGUGCGAGAGGCGCGUAAAUUGCGCCGCGAGACACAGAAGCAAAAGCAGGAGUGCGAUAGCGAUGAAGAAGACCAAGAGGGAGUUGCUGUUCCAACUGCUCCUGCAACUGAGUCCGAAGACGCAUUCUCCGCACUGGCAAUGAACAGAAUCCUCACGCCUGCCGACUUUGCGAAAAUGAAUGAACUGCGUCUCAAGGCGGCAGAGGAAGCCGUCAAGACGGGCGGUGCUUUAAGCGCCACAGCGCGCCGCGAAUUGGAAGCGCUGCAAGCUGCAAAGAAGCGCACAGGCACAAGUGGUACCAGCGACGUUGUGAACGAAAGCGAUAUUCUCGGCCCGCGCAAGAAGGUGAAAGCUACUUAUGAGGAGCGCAUGAAGAGCAUUGAGACUGGUCGUGAGGGCCGCGAAAAAUUCGGCAGCCGUAAAGGCAAGAAAAACAAGGACGUGGCUAGCAGCUCGACCAACCGCCAGAAAGCACGCGGGAAGAAUUUCCAUGUCCGCAGCAAAAAGAAUGCUUCUCUGCGCGAGAAGAGCAAGCGCCUGCGCAAACACAUCACUGAGGGCAAGAAGGCGCGCAACUCGUAA